UGGUGCUCUCAGACGCCAGGGCGGUAUAUAGGAGCUUAGCACGACAGUCACUUCCUACAGUUGCCUUAUCUUAACUCGUAGUUAGUGUUUUUGCGAUAUCUUUAAGAGUAUGAUUAAGUAUUUAAAGCAAAGGAAUCGGUUAUCCUAUUUGAAUCCAACAGGAAGUUAGCAGUGGAACGACACGGACCACGAGAAGGCUCGCGUUGUUACUAAUCGAUGUCUCUCUGCUCGUGUGACAACGUUUCAGCUGUGAUGGAAAUGUCCUCCUGUGCGACAUCGUCGUAAAACCAAGUCAAAAAAUAAGUGAAGACACCGGCAGAUCUACAAGAAUGAAACGUAGCUAUGAACAUAUACAUGUCAUCGUCGACAAAGGAAACCACGAGAAGGGGAACCUAUGAAGACGAGGCAAAAAGGCACACCAAAAAGAGGCAGGAAACUGCCACAAAAAACACCAGAAGCCUUCCGCACUUCCACACCUUUGAACAAGGAUCGUCACCUCAACAUUUGUGUUACGUUCUCUGAAGCAGAGGAUGGUCAAGAUGAGGCCUCAACGUCCCCACGCUACAUGUCGAGGUCUCAGAGCAGGAAGAGGAGCAAUGAGGUUGCCAAAAUCAGGGACCUUAGAAAACGGCUACCAAUGAUGCAAUCCACUGGUCCUCCAGCUAAACGCCCCUGUUCCAAGAAACAGAAAAAAGGGAACGCCACUGCUUCGUCAUCUGAACCCUCACGACCAACAUUAGAACCGAAACAAGAUGAGUCUUUGCUGUCGUCAGAUUUGUCUGUUGAUAUAAGUGACCACAAGAAGGACGAUGAGAGUGUUGAUGAAGAGGAGCUACCGAGUUUUUUAAUGCAGACGAGGCCGCAGUCUAUCACGGAGGGAGAGUUUGUGUGGUGUAAAUUUAGACGCUUUCCAAUAUGGCCUGCAUUGGUGAAACGUGUUAAUCAUAAGGCAAAAAAGGCAAGCAUCAUUUUCAUCGAUGGUCUGAUGAUUGGAGAAAAAAAGGGGUUUAUUGUGGCUCUGAAAUCCCUGAAGCCGUUUGACUGUGAAGGAGCGAAUGAGCUCGCAACUGAAGCCAAAGACGAAUAUGCCACUGUGAUGCAGUGGUCCUUGGAGUUGAUAAAGGACUACACAAUAUGCAUUGCUUGUGGCUCCUUUUCUGGCUCCUUCCUCGAGUACUUUGCUCAUGGAAUGAGUUAUCCAGUGAGGAGAAAGUACCCAAAGGCCUCUUCAGAGCAACUAUCAAUCGCCAGUAAUGUGAUUAUGGAGGAAAAGAACCAUUUGAUAGAUCACAAUGAAGACAGUGAUCAGCAGGAGGCUUCCUCAGAGCAACAAACCAUUGCUAGUGAUUCGGUGAGAGAGGAAGAGGGCCACUUUGUGGAUGUCAGUGAAGAUCGUGCUCAGCAGGAAAAGGCCAACAAGUGUGUUAAGAGACUUAUGCCUGACCGGACCCAAGCUGCCCACAACCGUGCCAAUGAAAAGCUUGUGGACUUCAUCGUCAAGCAGCGCAUGGUGGAAGAACGCCUGCUGGCUGUGAUCCAAGGUAAAGUGCAAUCAAAAUGGCUGAACUAUUUUCAGAGCUCAAAAAGGAGAUUUUUUGGAGUGGAGACUUACCUGGAAGAUAACACACAGUUAGACAAGAUGUACUCUUAUCUGAACAAGCUCUAUAAGACUGCUGUGAGCACAGCUCCUUGCGAGACUGAAGUCCAAUACAUGGAGCGCAUCCCAUUUGUUUUAGACGUACUUCUUCCUGAGGCUAUCACAUAUGCCAUUGCUGGCAUGGACAAUGUCUCGAUAGAAAAGGCAGAAGAGAAAUACCUAAAAGGACGUUGUCUGAGUAACAGGGAAAGAGAAGAGUAUGAAUUGAUGAUUGAUCAGCUGCGCUUAAGAAAAUCCUAGCAUUUGAAGAUGCCGCUUUUUCCAUUCCCACAGACACCAGAGUGAAUACAAUUGAACUGAAUGACGUAACAUCCUCGUGAACGCCUGACUUUAGUGCAGGCAGUGUGGGAUCAAUUCCCAUUCAGUGAUGUUGAUGUCCCCUGCGACUAACUGGCGACCAGUUUAGGGUGUAGUCUGCCUUAGCUGGGAUAGGCUCCGGCACUCCCGCGGGGCUCAUGAGGAUUAGCAGCUUGAAAAAUGGACGAAUCAUGGUGAAUAGUAAAUACAUUUCAAUUCAGUUCACUCUUUUUAUUCAUUACUUUUUUUUUUUUUUUUUUUUAAAUCACUGCUUUGUUUUACAUGAAUAAUACUAAGUUUAGGAUUGUGCCAUAAAUGCCUUUCAUGUACCUGAAUGAUAUUUUAACUUACACUUUUAAUUGACCCCUCCGUACAGGGCACUUAACCACGCCUGCUGAAGUGACGUCACGCCACAUGCGCUGACGUAAGACAAACAAUUAGUAAAAAUGGCAAAUACAAUACAAUACAUUCUUAACUGAGACAGACGCCUUGCUUCUGAUUUCAUUUAAAUCAACGAUAUAUUAUAGAUUCUAAAUACAAUACAUUCUUAACUGAGAGAGACGCCAUGCUUCUUAUUUCAUUCAAUCAUUCACACGUAGCAAUGUUAUGCUAUCGAAGAACGUCUCAUUCAUUUAUACGAGACGUAUAAAAUCAAAUUUAGGGCAUAUCUUCGUGCAAACACAGUCUGGUUAACUUUCGGCUGCGAGCCAGCAAGAAAUCAAUAUGUUUGUGCAGUCUGAUCAUCGCUAAAUAUCGCUCAACAAAGAAUAAGUGUGUCAAUCGUUCACACGCAGCAGUGUUAUGCUAGCAAAGAACUUCGAAUUCAUUUAUAGGAGACAUGUAUUUAAAAUCAAAUAUAGGGCAUACCUUCGUGCAAACAUAUGUGUUCCGGUUGAUAUUAGAUGGAUUUAGUUGAUGAUGCGGUCUUCCACAAAGUUUGAUCCAUCGAAGGCAUUUUUCGUACUGGGUCUUCGGUUUUGGAAAGGGUACGAAUCGAACUGCACUAACUAGCCUUUCAGGAUACCUGUCGUCACUAUUACAAAGUCCGUGACUACACCUCUUAACCAUAUUUUUUGUUAGAUAACCCAAAUACGCGAUAAAACGCUAACAAAACCUAUACUGGACCAUGCAAUGUUGUCUGAGAAAAUGGCGGGAGCAAAAAGGGGCGUGGUUUAUGCAGAUCUCUGGCCUCUAAUUGGUCAGUGACGUGGAUUGCACAAUAUCCACGGAGGGGUCAAUUGUUCUGCUGGUUCAGGAAACAAAAGUAUUGCAUCAAACACAAUUGGGAUGAACAUGAACAGAGAUUGGGGUAUAAUGUGUGUCUAAGAUGGCGUAAUUGAAAACUAUCCAUUUGGUCAAUUUCACAAGUCUAUAUUAUUGGUCGGUGGUUAUUUGACAAUCUAAAGUUUCCUUUGUCACACUAGAUUUAUGGAAAGCAAAAACUGCAGUAAAGAGGAGACAGAUGCCAUAUUUUCAUUUUCUCUUCCUGGUGAUCCUACUGCACACUUCCACACUAAUCAAGAUUGAUGUGACAUUGCAAAAAUAAAAAUGAUUCAACCCACUCUGAACUUUGUCU